AUGGACUGCGAAGACGAAAACCUGGCGCCGAAGAGACGAAAGCCCGGAACCGUUUACUGUUGUGUUGUUAACUGUCACAACAAUGUUGACAGCGCGAAGCGCGUGGACACGCCGAUAACGUUCCAUUCGUUUCCCGGCAAAUGGUACGAGACGGCGCGGAGAGAAGCCUGGAUAACGGCAGUUCGUCGCAAGGAUCCGGACGGUUCGCCUUGGCAACCGACGAAGAAGACGAGAAUCUGCAGCGCGCACUUCGUUGACAACUGCGUCAGUAAUAUCGAGGGCCAUCCUUCCUAUGUGCCAACGAUUUUCCCGCCAGUGUACCGGAAGAAAGCCCCCGAUGCGGGAAGACACAAAAGGUGGAUGCAACGGAAACACAAUGCGGUGCACAGUCUGCAAAAAACCUGUCAAGGCAUGUUAACAACAGACACACCGGAGCCCUCUGCCCUGCCCGAUGAGCAUGACCAAGAACGGAGCGAGGACGAACAGCUCGACAUACUAGCAGAUAUUGCUUCAGCUGCCCCAAGGCUACCGACAUACAGAGAUGUGGGUACAGAAACUGAAAGCUCGUCCCAUGCUGGCUCACUUAAGAUGAUGUUGUCCGUAACUGACGGGGUGAAUGCCAUGUGCCAGGUCAACCACUUCGACCACGUUGAACAAGUUGAACAAUCUUGUACUGAGCAAUCAUGGAGGAGACAAUGUGGAUUUCAAGGUUUCGCUACUCUGCAGAAGUCUGAGCAAGCUCUCCAAGACCUGUGUAAUGUGACCCUGGCCGUGUUCACAGUUCUCCUCAAUCUUCUUCCAGAGCAACGGUACCGGUCAUCUGACGUCACUCGUGAGGACAGACUUGUGCUGUUCUUGAUGAAGCUUAAGUUAGGAGUAAGCCUCAGAGCCUUUGCAACAUUAUUCGGGAUCUCAAGAUCGACUGCAAGCCGCGUGUUUCAUGUAACACUUGACUAUCUUUCUGUUAAGCUACAGGAUUGGGUGUUUGUACCUCCACGCCAUUGCAUACGAGAAGCAAUGCCUGAAUGUUUCAAGCGCCAGUAUCCUGACUGUACCUUUGUCAUAGAUUGUACCGAGGUCAGGACAGAAGCACCUUCACAGCCAGAGCAGCAGCACGAGCUGUACUCGCACUACAAAGGAACGUAUACGCUCAAGUGGCUCGUAGCCAUAACCCCAGAUGGAAUGGUGGCAUUUAUUUCACCUGCAUAUGGUGGGAGGUGUUCAGACUCUGAAAUUACACGUCACUCUGGUUUCUUGACACUUCUCAAGCCUAAUGAUGUUGUAUUAAGCGACAAGGGGUUCCCCUCUAUAAGGACAAGUGUGUCUGACCAAGGUGCUGUGCUCGUCAUGCCACCUUUUAAUCUUGGGGGAGGGCAGUUAUCAGUUGGAGACAUGACAGCUACAUUUGCUAUUGCUCAAGUAAGGAUCCACGUCGAGAGGGCAAUUCAGAGGCUCAAGCAGUUCAAUAUUCUUAAUAACCGUGUGCCACUUUCUCUCAUACCAGAGAUGUCGAAAGUAAUGCGUGUGUGCAGUGCACUUGUCAACCUACAAACUCCCAUAAUAAGAUCCUAGGAUACUGCUAUGCUGUAUGAGAGAUGAACUUUAAUGUCCUUGAAGGUACUAUGUAAUUACCAUUAACAUGUUAUUAUCUUAGACUCAUUAGUGUUUGUAGAAUGAUGUGAUCCGUUGUCCAUGUUCAUGCACAGCAAUAAACAAUAUAUUUA